AUGUUAUUCAUUUAUUCAAGUGUCCUAGCAAGUGUUUUUAUUCCAAUUAUUUAUUGUCAAACAAUUUAUGAAUUAUUAGAUUCAUUUAGAUUUUUAAAUGAAGGUACAAUAUCAAGUUCUGAGAUUUAUGAAUAUCAAUAUGAAUUUACAUUCUAUACAGAACCAGAAAAUGUAACACGAGAAAAAUUUGCAUGGGUAGAAGAAGUUGUUCGACCGUAUUUAUAUCAAAAAGAUCCAACUAAACCUUUACAAUGUAAUUCAAAUCCAUUAUUAACUGGUAUCGAUUUACCUGGUGCUGAUUUUUUAUCAAUAAUACCACCAUUAGCUGAUCCAUCUCAUUGUAAUACAUUAUGUUGUACAUAUAUGUCAUGCACUGCAUGGUCAUAUGCUUCCUUAGCACCAUCAGAUUUUAAUAGUUGUAAAAAAGGACAACCAUGUUGUUAUUUAAAAACAUAUAUACCAGCAUCUGUUCCUAAUCAAGAUAUUAUAUCGGCAACGAUGAAUCGUACAUGUCCAUAUAAUCAUCCACCAACUGGACUAAGAUCAGCUGUACCAUUAGGUGGUAUAACAACAGGUUCAAUAGAAUUACGCGGUGAUGGAACAUUUCAUGAAUGGACAAUUGAAAGUCAAUCACCAGCUGCUGGAGCAAAAUUUGGUGUCGUUGAUGAUGCAUUAUUAGUAAUUCGAUUAAGAAAUUUACAAACAAAUGAAAAUCAUACUCGAUUAAUACGUACACAUUCAAAUCAUAAUUUCGAUGGUAUAGACACAAUUAAAUAUCAUGGAUCAUAUCCUGUCAGUAAAUUAGAAUUAAUUGAUUAUAAAUUAAUAGCAAAUAUGGAUUUAUAUGCUUAUUCAAUAUUUAAACCAGGUGAUUUAAAUCGUUCGAUGACACCAGCAAUUAUUUAUUCAUUAAAUAUUGAAAAUCCAAAUGAUUAUCCAAUUGCUAUUGAUUUUAUGUAUAAUGUACCAUUAUCAGUACAAAUCGAUCAAACAAGACUUUCUAAAACUGUAAUACAACAAAUAAUAAGUAAUACAUAUACUCAAUGUAUAUCAUAUUGUGAUCAAAAUAACUUAUGUGCUUCAUGGAAUUGGCAUAUUGUUAAUAAUCAAAGUACAUGUUUAUUAUAUAGUGAUAUUGGUAAUAAUGUUUAUUUAAGUGGUCAUGUUAGUGGUGUACGUGGACAAUGGACAUAUAAUAGAACUGGUCCAUUAGUAUUAGAUCGUCCAGGAAAAAUGCCUGCAAAUGGUCAAUAUGUAUUAUGGCCAUUUCUAUCAUCUGAUCAAACAAUGACAGCGACUAUUGAUAAUGAUAUUAAUAAUAUCUUAAGUAAUUUUUCAAUAAAUGGUGGAUGGUUUGAACAAACUGAAUUAAAAGGAUCUGCUGCUAAUGGUGCUGUUUCUAUUUCAACAAAAUUACAGCCUGGUAAAAAAAAGACUUUAUCAAUAUUAUUUGCUUGGUAUUUUCCUCAUCAUUAUUGGUUAGAUUUACCAUUAGAUAAUUAUUAUUCAUUAUUAUUUAAUAAUGUAACAACGGUUGGACAAUCAAUUGGAAUAGACAAAAAUGAUGAUAGUCAAUUGAAAAUAAUUAUAAAAGAUAUAUUAACAUUACAUAACCUUUAUUUUAAUUCGAAUUUACCCGAUUAUUUAGUUGAUUCAUUAAUAAAUAGUGCUUCUCAUAUGCGUAGUGCAAUGUAUUUUUCUAAUGGUGAUUGGCGACAAUGGGAAGCAUAUGAUUGUAAUGAUGUUGAUAGUGUACAUAAUGAUCAUCAACGUCAUUUACCAUAUAUUUUAUAUUUUCCUGAAACAGAAAAAAUUAAAAUGUAUACAUGGGCUAAAUAUCAACAAAAUGAUGGAAUGAUACAAGAAACAUUUACAGUUGGUUGUAUGGGUGAUACAGCACCAUAUGAUCAACAUGGUGGAAGAAAUAUGGGAGAUGUAACAACAAUAUUCAUAUUAGAAACAUUAGAAUUAUAUCGUUGGACAAAUGAUUUUACUUUUUUAAAAGAUAUGUAUCCACAUGUUGUAGCAGGUAUAAAAUGGCAAUUAAGUGUAUCAUCUCAAUUAGGUUUACCAGAACAUUUAGAAUGUACAUAUGAUAUACCAUAUAUGAGUCAAUAUCCAACAACAACAUUUAAUUCAUUCAUGCAUUUAGCUGCAUUACGUGCAUGUAUGGAAUUAACAUUGAUUAUGAAUGAUACAAUUACAUAUAAUGAAUGUUAUAAAUCGUACUUUAUUGCUGUUACACAAAUUAAUCAAUUAUUAUGGUAUAAUGAUAGUAUAGAUACAGGUUAUUUCUUAGCUUAUACAGGUGGACAAGGUGAAAAAGCAAUAUUUACAGAUGCAUUGUAUGGUCAAGUAUUAGCAUUUACAUAUGGAUUAGGUCCUUUAUAUAGUAUAUCAAAAAUGAAAAAACAUUUAGAAAGUGAAGUACGAUUAGCAGAUACACCAUAUGGUUUAAGAAUGUUAACUGGACGAGAACCAUUAACAAAUCCACAAGAUAAUUCUAUAUGGAUGGGUGCAUCACAAGAUUGGUCUGUAUUAAAUUUAUGGUUUAAUAUGGAUUUUGAUAGUGCAUUAAUACAAUCUGUAAAAGGUUUAAAUCAUGUACGACAAACAUUAAAUGAUCAAUGGAAUACACAUGGUUUAUAUGCAGGUGAUGGUUAUGGUAUCGGAGGAAAACCAUGGGUUACAUCACAUUAUGGUUUUCAUAUGGUCUUAUGGCAUUUACCAUUUGCAAUUACAGGUCAAUAUACAGAUUUAACAAAGGGUAUAUUAUUAUUUUCACCCAAAUUACGAUCACCAUUUAUUUUGCCUGUACUUAUUCCGAAUAUUUUUGGUUCAAUAAGUGCAACUCCAUUAUUAAAUGGACAAUCAUCGUAUACAUUUACAUUAUCAAUUGGAAAUUUAUCUUUGAAUGUACUUGCUAUUAAUAAUGUGAAAUAUCCACGUAGUAUUCAUCUAACAGCUGGACAAUCGGUACAGUGGAUUGGAUGA